GCGUCCCAGCCGACAGCCACGGCUCGCGGCAGCCAGUACGUGGUGCUCCACCCGGCGCAAGCUUCUGGCCGCGGUUGUGCGAUUUUCCACUCGUUACGACGGCUACGGUGGUGCCGACCGUGCCGCUCCGGCUGGUCGCUGACCGCCGAGCGCGCCUCCUCACUGCCGCGCGCCUGAGCCGGGUGGAACAGCCGCCUCCUCGUGAGCCGGGACCGGAGAGGCGCCUCGCCCUUGCUUUGACUCGCGCUCGCCCUCGCUCCUUUCCACGAAGUCCUGCGGUAGCCUCGUGCGUUACUUCCCCGUCGUUUCUCGCCCCGGUGCCGAAGUACACACGGCAAGUGUAUAUUCAGCGCGGUUGAAGGGAACAGAUCUCCUGGCGACCGCGCCGACCAGAUACAUCGGGCUCACCUGUGUACACCGUGUGUUAAAGUACCGGUGCUAGGAAACGUCAGUUGCAGAUGGGCUCAGUGCACGUUUCGUUUCACGAAGGAAGUCAAUUCAUCGCGCCUUAUCAUCGCCGACAGACACUGUAACAGAGCAUUCCUGCGAGAGUUCUAAUAGGUGCGCGCUCUCUCCACGCCGUUCCGAUCGACAACCGCUUUUCUUAACUUGUUUGUUCGGCAAACUGAAGAUAUAAACGCGUGAUGUGGUCGCCGAGAUCUGUAACUGCAAGGGACACGAAAUGAAUCCGACGGGCACUGGAUUCGAUUGUAGCAAGCCGCACGAAAGAACACAGUACGACGUACACGAGUGCAAGAAAGGGACGUCACAUCGCUCAUUGGAGACGUUGCAUCAUCGUCUCUGAGAACCGUUCAGUCUCUGCGUCAUAUUUCAGAUAAUAAAACAGAAAUAAUCAAUUCGGAGAGUAUCUAGAGGCAAAUAAAGCAGGAACAACGAAAAGAGUUGGUUUGAGAAAAUAAGCUCCACCCAACGACGAUCUUGCAAUACGUACAAUAGAUCUCUAAAAUGGCCACGAUGUCUAGUACCGAGUGCAUGUCCAUAAGGGAGUUCUACCGGGACCGGUCGAUUUUUAUAACUGGCGGCACCGGCUUCAUGGGCAAGGUUUUGGUUGAGAAGCUGCUGCGAUCGUGUCCGGACAUCAAGAACAUCUACCUGCUGAUGAGACCUAAGAGAGGCCAGGGCGUGCAGCAGAGGCUGCAAGAACUGUUAGACGGGCCGCUGUUUGAGAAGUUACGGCGGGAUUCCCCGGGCGAGCUCUCGAAGAUCAUUCCCGUGGCCGGCGACGUCACGGAGCCGGAGUUGGGCAUCUCGGAGACCGAUCAAAAUAUGUUGAUACGAUCCGUGUCGGUGGUCUUCCACUCGGCGGCCACCGUGAAAUUCGACGAGGCUUUAAAACUCUCAGUCACCAUAAACAUGCUGGGCACCAAAAGAUUGGUCCAGUUGUGCCGCCGGAUGCACAACGUCGAGGCGUUCGUUCAUGUGUCGACGGCGUAUUGCAAUUGCGACCGAGACGACGUCGCUGAGGAGAUUUAUCCUUUGGGCAAGGAACCCGAACAGGUGAUCGCACUGACAAAGUGGAUGGACGAUAAAAUGGUCGAGGAUCUGACGCCAAGUCUAAUUGCCGGCCGGCCAAACACGUACACGUUUACCAAAGCAUUGACCGAACGAAUGCUCCAGAGGGAGAAAGGCUCCUUACCGAUGGCGAUUGUCAGGCCGUCGAUCGUGUUGUCGUCGUACAGAGAACCGGUCGCCGGCUGGGUGGACAAUUGCAACGGACCUACGGGAAUCAUCGCUGCCGCCGGCAAGGGCUUCUUCAGGAACAUGCUGUGCCAUGAAAACAUGGUGGCCGACUUGGUGCCGGUCGACAUGGUAAUCAAUCUGAUGAUCUGCGCGGCAUGGAAAACCGCGACUCAUCGUUCCGACACGAUCACCAUCUACAACUGUUGCACCGGUCAGCAGAAUCCAAUCACGUGGAAGCAGUUCAUCGACUUAUCGUUCAAAUACAGUCGGCUGCACCCGAUGAACGAUCUGAUCUGGUAUCCGGGCGGCCGUUGUCACUAUUCCGUCAUUCUGCAUAAACUGUGCGUGACGCUCCAGCACACGCUACCAGCGCACAUUUUAGAUAUCCUCGCCCGGCUCAAAGGCACGCGGCCCGUGAUGGUCCGCCUGCAAACGAAACUCUACAAGGCCACCAAGUGCUUGCAAUAUUUCAGCACGCAUCAGUGGAACUUCAGGGACGACAACGUGCGACAAUUGGGUGAGCAACUCAGUCCAGAGGAUCGAGAGAUAUUCAUGUUCGACGUCAAGGAAAUCGACUGGACGUCGUACUUGGAGCAUUACAUCCUGGGGAUACGACAGUUCAUCCUGAAAGAGAGUCCGGACACACUGCCAGCCGCCCGUUCACACAUUACGAAACUGUACUGGAUUCACAGAGCUGUGCAAUUCGGGAUGCUGUUAAUAAUGCUGCGCGUCUUGUUGUUACGCAGUCCGGCGACGCGAGGGGCUUUCUUCUCGCUGCUGUCCAUCGUACUUCGCAUGUGCCGCAUGAUUGUUUGACGGCUCAGAACCAUCCCGGUCGACGAUCGCGAUCAGUGUAACACGAAGCGGCCGCUACCUACGGAGCGUUAUUUAAAGGUGCGAUUUGUUCUUCGACCUCGUUGCUCAGUCACCCCGGUAAAGCGCUACCUUCACAUCCAUCGAUUGGCCUUCUCGAUGUUGCUAUCCGUUAAUGAGUAAGAGGUAAAUGAGCGCCGGCUAACAGGUGUGGUACUCUCUCGAAUAGGAGAGCGUAAGUUACCGAUUCGGUUUAAACAGAAUUCCGCAAGCGCAUACUCUCUGAAUUCCUCGGGGUGAAAUUCUACUCGAGCAGUGAAAUGAUCGUCGAAUCGCUCCAAGUUGAACGUCUUUUCAUUUGUAUAGAGUGGAGUUUCCAUUCUGGAUUAUCGAGCGAAUAUUCUCGUUCGAAACUGAGGAGUAAAUCUGACCCGUAUUCCAUCAUUGUUAACGGGGACAAAUCCACUUUAGUCGGCUGCAAUAUUCGCUCUAUAGUUCGAUCGAAAUCCUCGCGAUUUAAAGUGGCAGUAUUUUUACUAUCAUACGAGCGAGAAUACCGCCAUCGAGUACGAUUUCGCUCUGAGAAAUUUAGAGAGCAAAUAAAACGCCCCGACAUACAUUAACACACAUACAUAUAUAUUACAAUAAUUGUCAUUAUUGUAUUACCGAAUGUUAUAUUUCUUGUUGUCCCGUGAUGAAAAACGACCGUCUUGCGGAAUCGAUCGAGAGUUGUCGCAGCAUCAAGUUCUAUAUAUAUUAUAUAGAUAUAUAUAGAAGCGCGAUCUGAUCGUCAUUGCGUGUUUCACUACGCUAGAGAGUAAAGGUAAAGGCGCAUCGCGCGUCGCCACAAUUGUUCCGUUUAGCGUCAUCGUAUGUACAUCGAUACUUUGCACAACGUCAAUUUCUAACAGAUAGAAGCAGCCAGGUUGUCACAGUACGCGCGAUCGACGUUGCUGAUGCGAGCACCGAUACGUUAGUCUAGCUAGUCGGUUUUCGGCAUGUAACAACGCUCGCUAGUAACCACCAUCCUCGCAGCACGACGCAUCAAGAAGAAUCCGUCGUGCCUUUAUAUUGUCGGUAUCUGACAUCCUUUUCUUUUUACUCUGUGACGUAAGAUACCUAGAUAGAUAUUUUGCUACGACCGCACGACGACUCGUAGUUAUACGCGUACAGAGACGACAAUUGCUAAGAUUUAGAGAUAAACACGUAGAGAGAAAGAGGAAGAAAGAGAGCAAAGAGAGAGAGAGAGAGAGAGAAGAAGAAGAGAAGGAAGAGGGAGAGAAGCCGCCGCGAUCACGUAGAACGGUAACCAUAAUAGACACGUUAGCUUAGGACAAGUACGAUAACCAAGUAUAUAGCGUUUUUUGACAACUGCCACUGCUACGCGAAAAUUUUAGCCGUAAACGUGUCUUGUCCAGAACAACGAGAGCGGAACGGCGCGAAAAAUCCCUUACAGACUUGUCUCGAAGAGCUGCGCUACGUUACAGACUACUUUAAUGAAAUAUCUCUAUGUAUCUUACACGCGUAAUCGUUGUCACAGGAUCAGUGUUCGACGAAUUUUGAAGGCAUUGGCAAGCGGCUGUGACGAGUAGGGCGAUCGAUCGAUCCAUCGACCCGCUCCGCGGAGAGCGACGAGGAUCGCGGAAACCAAAGUCGAAGAAUUUCGAGUCGCCGAGAGAUUCAUGUACAUAUGAAAAAAGGAACUUCGCGUGCAUAUGCAAAAACAACUCAUCGUGAUCAAUCGAGGCACGUGUUCGCGCGUGCACGACAAUACAAGCGUGAUUUCACGUUCCAUUCUAUGACAUAUCGUUAAAAGACACUGCAGGGGGACGCGCUGCGCUCUUGAAUUUGCGAGUGAACGCGAGUCGUUGCCGAUGCCUUUGAGAUGACGAUCAUAUUUAUGCUUCGUAUUAUUUAUUCAGCUGUUUUUGAGUAACGAAUACUUCUUACGCGGCGGAAUGAUUUUAUUAUUUAACCAAAAAAAAAAAAGAAAAGAAAAAAAAGAACAACUCGGAGCGGGCUUCCCCUUAUUAUCGUUGUUUCACGGUCGUUAGAGCGCUGUCGGACUUCGGGAACGAGAGGGUAGACUCGAGAAUAGACAAACGUGAGAGAGCGUGUCGCAGGAAUAUCCACGUUAAAUUGACAACGCGAAGAAACGACAAAUAAUUCUAACUUUGCGCCAUUAAUGAAAGAGGGGUAGCGCUACGAAGGUCACCAUCUGCUAGUCUCGUCUGUAUUGUUACUCGGUCACACGCAGUGCAUACAAAAACAAUAUUUAAUAUAUAAUUAAUUUAAUUAAUAUUAUACUAUGUGCUACUACAAAUUACAUUAAAAAUGAUGAACCAUUAUGAA